AUGGGCUCCGUCGAGCUUCCUGAAGACGUGUGGCGUUAUGUAGCGGCCUUCAUUCCCAACAACCAUCUGAUCACACUCAUAUCCGUAAAUGGCCCGCUCUUCAAUAUUGCGCUGGACGAAAUAUACCGUGUUGUCCGCUGGGAAAAGCUAGAUAGGUAUUUUUUGCGAGAUCUGGAGCGCUUGCGGUUGCCGUUCCUUGCAGCACGAGUGCGAAAGCUGCACAUACGGGGAUGGUUUAUUGAAUACCUUAUCCAACGCGACGAGCUGCUCCGGUUGUCUAAUCAAGUGCUUACCUGCAAAAAAUCGCCUCCAACAUUCAGUGCCAGCGGAAACGCUUCCGCAAGGGAGAUCUUGGUCGCUAUGACCGAGGCCAUGCAGCUCAUGACUGGGGUCAUAGAUUACACUUUUGAGUGGCGCGAUUUAUCUCUCACUCGUGAGAGUGCCUGUCUGCUCAAAGUAGGCAGGGCGACCUUUGGAAACCUACGCCGACUCUCCUUCUUCGCACAGAUGAAAAAUUAUGGCCGCUUCAUGGUGGAUAUCGACUUUCCGGCGCUAGAAGAGCUGCAAGUGUCGUUUGAUUAUGACGCGGACAACACAUGCAUAGCGGUCAAUGCCUAUAUUCUACAGUCGCUGGUCGCGCCUUUCGUGAACACCCAUGCUCGGUCGUUGAAUAUCCUACGCGUUUCUUCUCUUGCAAACGACGAUCUGGCGCCCCUUUUUCGCACGCUCGUGCUCUUUCCUCGCCUUCUUGUACUCGGGGUAGAGCUGCCCUUCGACAACACCCACUUGGCAGACGUCGUUUUCGAAUGCUUCAAAGCCCACACACAAGGCCUGCGCGUUUUCACAGCGUCGCGAUUCGGGACAGGGAUAUUCUGGCCUAGGUUUUCGGAGCGGUGUCGACCCUAA